AUGUCCGCCUCACCAAAGACAUGGCGCGACAACGCCUACCUCGCCGUCUCGGUCAUACAACUGUUGGCCAUGCUUUUGGUUGACCUGGUCCCCUUCUACCCACCCUCGCUCUACGCCCUGCCGACAUCCCCUCUGCACUUCCUCCAGCUGCUGCGAGACUUCUACAUCUCAACCUACAACGACCCGUUCUUCGUCGCGUCCCACGAUGCGCUGCCGUCAUGGUACAAGCUCUUCACCUACCUCGAGAUGUUCUUCCAGCUCCCCAUGGCCGUCUGGAUGACCUACCGCUUCUCCCGCCGCACCGGCACGACCCCCGGCUUCGAGCUCGCCGUCCUGGUCCUGUCCGUCGAGCUCGUCCUCACGACGCUGACCUGCAUCUACGACGUCUUCCACUGGGACCCGGCCGUCUACAGCGAGGCCCAGAAGAACGUCUUCAUCUUCAACCUCUACGGCCCAUGGGUCGUCAUUCCCGCUCUGAUGGGAUUGGACAUGUGGCUCAGGAUCCUCGGCCGCGUGGAUUCCGCCGAAAAGACGAAGAAGGUUCAGUAA